ACCAGAGUGUCCACGAUCACGAUGGUGCCCACUUCUUCGACGUUCAGUCAAACGCUCAGUGGCGAUUGAGAAGAAAGGGAGAAGAAGUAGAUCGCCAUCGGCCGAUCCUAGCCAUGGAGGGCGACGACGGCGAACAGUACCUAUUCAAGAUCGUCAUCAUAGGCGAUUCUGCGGUGGGGAAGUCCAACCUCCUCUCUCGCUACGCCCGCAACGAGUUCAAUCUCCACUCCAAGGCCACCAUCGGCGUCGAGUUCCAGACUCAGAGCAUGGAGAUCAACGGCAAGGAAGUUAAGACCCAGAUCUGGGACACCGCCGGCCAGGAACGCUUCCGUGCAGUCACUUCCGCCUACUACCGCGGCGCCGUCGGGGCCCUCGUCGUCUACGACAUCUCACGCCGCACCACCUUCGACAGCAUCCCCCGCUGGCUACAGGAGAUCAACACACAUUGCGACACCACUAUGGCAAAGCUUCUCGUCGGCAAUAAAUGUGAUUUGGAGAACAUCCGAAACAUAUCUGUUGAAGAAGGAAAAAGCCUUGCUGAAGCUGAAGGGCUGUUUUUUAUCGAAACUUCAGCUCUGGAUUCCACAAAUGUGAAGGAGGCCUUUGAGAUCGUCAUCAAAGAGAUAUACAACAAUAUGAGCCGGAAGGUGCUAAACUCUGAUUCCUUCAAAGCCGAAUUGUCCCUCAACAGGGUAACCCUCACGAGCAAUGGAACCGACGAGGUGAAGCAAACUUCCAUGCGCUCUUGGAUGCUGACUGAGGACCUGACGACCAGACUUAACCGCGAAGCGAGGAGCAAAAGGCGAUCAAACGCACACAUCAAAUCCCUUUCUCGCAUGCUGUUUCAGUUUCAGGAAAAAGGGAGAAAACCUACUCGCAUUGAGAUAAUAAAAAUAAGUCAUCGAAGUAAAAAGAGAGGAGAUGCUCCUAUUGAUGAUGAAGUGGUCCGAGUUGAGGCUUUACUAGAUGAAGCUGUGCGGCGUCGACUUCAAAACAAGCCUGAGGGAACUCAACCUACAGAAGUGCAUGAGGACGCAUUUCAGUUAUAAUUUCUUAACAAUUUU